AUGGUGCCCAGACCCCUCCCCUACAAUGGCAAUUAUGCCUCAGCUGACGACUACGUCUCUCAUCUCCUUCACUUUGUCAACACUACCGACCUUUUCCAAAUCCUUUGCGGCGGCACUCACAUCCUCGACUUCUUCACCUCCUCGCCAGGUCUCUUUCACACCGUCCUACCCGAGGAGUGGCAUCCUUUUCUCUUACAAUGCGACAUCAUGCGCCUCCUCGAUAUCUUCAUGAGAGAUGAUCUCGACAGCCUCCAACUGGAUGGUCUGCCCGACAUGCCGGACAGCUUGUUCCAGUACAUCAAGUCAAUCAGGCAUCUAUCACUUGCAAGAGACUUUUCUCCCCCACCGCACGAUUUACCCGUCCUACCGCGAACAGUCAAGGUAGGCAUGAAGCCUAAAAAGCUUCACGAGGUCAGGAACUUUGCCGACUAUGUGCAUCGCCUAUCGCAGAAUAUUGCUACCUCGGAGGCGAAUCAAAUAAGCCACUUUGUAGACUUUGGUAGUGGCCAGAACUAUCUUGGCCGCGCACUGGCAAGCGAGCCUUACAAUCGACGAGUCGUCGCGGUCGAAGGCCGUGAGAAUAAUGUCAGUGCGGCAAGAGGCCUCGACAUCACCUCUGGCCUGGCAACCAAAGAAAAGGUCAUGAGGAAUAAGAAGCUAUGGAAUAAGAUUCUCGAAGCGGGUGGGCCGCAUCCUCAUGAGAAUCCAGACGUCUUCAGACAAGUCGCCGGCUCAGAAGCGUUUGACUUUCGACCCCGGGAGCAGUUAAAGUCUGAAUGUACCGUGGAACACGGCAAGGGUCAUGUACAAUACGUCUCCGGACGUCUGGACAGCGGCGACUUGUCUGAAGUCAUUGCCAAGAUUGACAAUACCUCGCUCGCCGAAGAAAAGCCCAAGCUAAUGGCCAUGUCCAUACAUUCCUGCGGCAACCUCUCUCACUACGCCAUUCGCUCACUCAUCCUCAACCCAGACAUUCGCGCCAUUGCCAUUGUAGGAUGCUGCUACAAUCUCAUGACGGAAAGACUCGGCCCACCAACAUACAAGCACGCCUAUCUGCGUCCAACCCUGCAAGCACUCAACGGCCGCGUCGGCAGGGAAUCCUUCAGAUUCGAUCCGCAGGGCUUCCCCAUGUCCCAGAAAUUCUGCACCUACGACGACGACGGGGUCCGGCUCAAUGUCACUGCUCGGAUGAUGGCUUGCCAAGCGCCCCAGAACUGGGACAGACUGGAUAGUGAGGCCUUUUUCUCGCGACAUUUUUUCCGAGCAGUUCUCCAAAAGAUCUUUUUGGACAGAGGCGUUGUCAAGCAGAUACACCAUGUGCCGGAGGACACAGACGGGCAAGCAGCCAGGAGGCCGGGCCCGUUUGACGUCAGCACACAACCUGUUACCGUCGGGGGUCUACCAAAGAAGUGCUAUUCCUCGCUACGAGCCUACGUUCGGGGAACAAUCGACAAGUUGACAACGAGCACCGAGUAUAGGCAGUACGCAGACGUGAUGAAUGACAAGAUGGCCGACAUUACGGACGAGGAGAUUGACAAGUAUGAAGCCGAGUACCUGCCGAGGAAAAAGGAGCUGUGUGUGACUUGGAGUCUGAUGGCGUUUAGUGCCAUGGUCGUGGAGUCGAUGAUUGUGGUGGACAGGUGGAUGUUUUUGAAGGAGCAAGCCGAAGUUGGCGACGCGUGGGUUGAGACGGUGUUUGACUAUGGAAUAAGCCCGCGCAACUUGGUGGUGGUUGGAGUGAAAAAGGAUCAAUGA